AUGGAUUCAGAUUCCAAGUUCCAUUCAGAAUCGUCCAUAGCAUCGACAUCUCCUAUAAACAAAACGGAGUUAAAUUUCGAAUCUGUUACCAGCGAUCUACCGAGUAUUACAACUGCAUCAGCUGUACCGAUUACAACGAAACAAUUAACAGCGCAAACAGUUGGUGGCGAAGACACGUAUGACGUAAUUACUGUUAGUCCUUCAAGCUCCUCUGACGGAAGCGGCAAUGAGUUCGUGAAGAUAGAACAUAGCGAUGUACAACAGAGUGUUGGUGAUACACUGUCGUUCAGAAUGGAUAGUGAUGGCGAUGAUAAGAGCAAAAGAGAUCGAAGAUAUCCUGUUGGAAGCAUAAUGGAUCGCGGAUUGGGGUCAGACGAGCCAUACAGUGAUAUUUUGUUGAGAUCUGAAGAAUUUGCAGAGAGUGAAAAAGUGAGCGAUAUAACAAAAACAGGUGAGAGGGAAGUAAUGGAUGCGACAAAUAAAGCUAUGAAUACCAAAGUAUCAAGAGGAGCUCUUGACGACACGGUACAUGUCCUUGGUGAUAAAGUGAAAGAAAUGGUGGGACAGGCAGGAGAUAUGGGACAACAAACAAUGGAGAUAGCUGGAGAUACUGUAUCAAAUAUGUUAUCUCGAAAAGUUCGUGAUGUUGCGAGUGCAGGACAGGAAGCUGACAGUGUGAAUGAAGAUGUGAGAUAUUCGAUGGAUGAAGGAGAGAUGCAUACGUUCAAGGGAAAAUUUGAUGAUGUCACCCGUGAAAUUUUGGAUAGCACUCAUCAUGCUACUAAUAUCUUAACAAACACCUUACAGAAAGCGGAGGUAACUGGUGACACGCUUAAAGGUGUAGCAGCUCAAGCAGUUUCUUCUGUUGAAGACAUUUUGGCAGAUCUGGAUGACAAAAUCAAGAGCAGCGCGUCAUAUACGGGUGACUCGCAUGCUAGAACCGAAUCAGUUGGGGUAACAAAGAUCGGAAAUGAAGACUUAAUUCGACUAACCGAUGGGAGUAAUAACGCUUCACAGCGUGAUACAGGCAAUCGUACAGUUUUCCCCCAAUCAACGCAUGAUGCGAAUCAGGAUGUAGGUUAUCCAUCAUCACAACAGUGGGGUUUGGAUUGGAGACAGUAUGCUGAUGAAGCGGCAAGCAUUGGCUUACACCAUUUUGAUCGUGAAGCUGAAGCUGAUGUAAAAACAGUUCAUUCUGCGGAUGAUAGCAGCGCAGAAGAAAGUAUGUUUGACAGAAAAGGACCGUUGACCAUACCACAUCAGAGUCCUGAGGAUACAAUACAGCUCGACCGUGACUUUAAUUCGCCAAAACAAAGCGGUUUCGAAGUGGCUCCCCGCCCGCCGACACCACCAAAAGAGCUCGAUGAUGAGGACGUGAAACCGACCACAAUCGAUUUGGGACAAACAGCAGGUAGAUUAUUUGUCGGUGGUGAACAUCCAAGUUCCAUAUUGAAAAACAGUACACAAGGUGUCAGAUUUAAUUUCAAGGAUAUGGAUGCGAGAUUUCUGGAUAUAGUUUAUUGGCGAGAUCCAAAGAAAUCUGGUGCAAUACUUGCUAUUACUCUUCUUGCGCUACUCGUGCUCGCGAAAUUUCCUCUGAUUGCAGUCCUUAGUUAUGUUGGACUGUCAGUCCUUGGCGGUACUCUUGGUUUUCGUAUUUACAAGUUGAUCGAAGCACAGAUUAGGAAAACAGAUGGCGGAAAUCCAUAUCGGACAUAUUUGGAGGACCGAGAGUUUCAUUUACCUAAAGAAAAAGUUCAUCAACAGAUGGAUGCACUUAUCGAGCAUGUGCAGUUUAUUGGUAACAAGCUGAGGCGGUUAUUUUUGGUAGAAAGUAUUGUGGAUAGCAUCAAGUUUGGUCUUUUACUUUGGGCGCUCACAUAUGUCAGUUGCUGGUUCUCUGGACUCAGUCUAUUAAUCCUUGCUAUAUUAGCAGUCUUCACAAUCCCAAAAGUGUAUGAGGUUUACCAUGAACCUAUUGAUCGUAACAUCUUCAUAGCGAAGCAACAUAUUGAUAAUGCAAACAAAAUGAUUAGCGAAAAAAUACCUUUCCUGACGAAAUCAACUGCUGCUGCUGAAAUCAGUCAUGAAAAGUCAUAUUAA